AUGUCCGAGCAACCGGACUUCAAGCCCGAGCCAGAGAGCAAACCACCAGACGAAGAAAACCAGCCUUCAUCAACCAAGGAUGAAAAACCUACGACUCCACCGCUGGGAUGGAAAUAUUGGGUACUGUUCUGCACCCUGUGUCUCAGCGGAUUCGCAGUGACCAUGGAGGGUUCAAUCGUCGUAACCGCUCUGCCGACCAUAGCCCGGGAGCUGAACACCACUAAAUACGUUUGGGUAACAAAUUGUUAUACCUUAGCGUCCGCCAUCUUCCAACCGUUGGUGGGCUGGCUGGCCGAGGUGCUCGGCCGCAAGCCCAUCAUGCUAGGAAGUAUUGUGGUAUUUGCUGUUGGCAGUGCGAUGGCCGGCGCCGCCAAUUCCCUUGGUCUGAUUUUGAGCGGACGGCUCAUCCAAGGCAUCGGCGGUGGAGCCAUCCCGCUUAUGGCCGAACUCAUCAUCAGCGACCAGUUACCGCUGCAACAGAGACCACAGAUAUUGGGGAUGGUGAUGGCCACAUCCUGUCUUGGGUUGGUUUUUGGGCCAAUAAUCGGCGGUGUCAUCACCGAUCAUAGCACCUGGCGCUGGAUCUUUUACCUCAACCUCCCACUCGCCGGCGCCUCGCUUGUUUGCCUUUUCCCGGUGCUGACUAGUCGGACUGCCGAACAGAGGGUUGCCGCCCAGUCGCUGCGAGCCACCGCCAAGAGAUUUGACUGGGUGGGAAACUUCCUACUUCCAGCCUCCAGCGUCGCCAUUCUCCUCCCCCUGACCAUGGGGGGAACGAUGUAUGCCUGGGAUUCGGGACGAAUCAUUGCCCCCCUGGUACUUGGAGGUUGUGGUCUAGUCGCGUUCGCCGUCUAUGAACAUUUCUGUCCUUGUCCCUUGAUCCCGUUACGAUUGCUGCGCAACGUUUCUGCGAUCUCCCUGCAAAUUCAAAGCUUCAUCCAGAGCAUGCUUAUUAUGUGGGUGAACUACUUCCUAACUGUGUAUUUCCAGGCGGUGUUGGGAGUUUCUCCACAACAGGCCGGAUUCGACCUCAUGCCGACGAUCGUGGCCAUGGUUGUCUUUUCAAUUGUGGGCGGGGUGGCUAUGUCAAAGCUCCCUCGCUCGUGGACCGUGUUGAUUAAUUUAAUCGCCUUUGCAAUGAUGUCAGUUGGUCUGGGUUGCUUCACUAUUCUGACCGCCACCUCACCGACUGUCGUACACGUUGUGCUGCAGAUAAUAGUCGCCGGAGGCAACGGGCUGCUGCUUGCCACUCUACUGCCCAUGGUCCAGGGCCAGUUUGACGAGGAAGACAUGACGGCGGUUACAGCCCUUUUCAACUUCUUGCGCAGCUUUGCCCUAGUUUGGGGCAUGACCAUUCCUUCCAUCAUCUUUGACCAGAGCGUGAACAAAAACUUAGACAUGGUCCCACAGAAUGUGCGCUCCUCCUUAGGAGGGGGAGGUGCAUACAUUCGAGCCAGCAAUGAGUUCAUCCAGUCGUUCGACGGAGCACCUAAAAGUCAGAUCUUAGGUCUGUACGAACUGGCUCUGCGCGACACCUGGUGGGGGGCGAUGGCAUUUGCGCUCUUUGGAUUUGCGCUGAUAGCCCUCCAGAGGCCGGGGAAAAAUGCAGCUCCGGCUUCUCCUACAGAAGAACCUCAACAGAGUGAAAAGCGAAAAGACAAUCACUGA